UGAAACACUUAAGACCCAGCACUAAUUAAACAAAAAUAUACGUACAAUAAUUACACAUUGGAAAGAAGCAUUGGAUACAAUGUCAGAAAGAAAACGAACAUUGAUGAGGGAAAAUAUAAUGAGGUUCCUUUUGGAGGAAAGAGCACUUGCACCUGAAAAACCGCCAACUCCCAUUUCUUCCCCAAGAAAAGGGAAGGAGAUGCCGAAACAAACCACACCUAGUAGGCAUAGGGUAGACUGCAACCUGUCCAAAAAAUACGCGAAGCCGACUGCCCAGAGCCUGUCGUCAUGUCUGACCACCACUGCGCCCAUCAUAAGAAUGGUCGGGGGGGCCAACAAUCCGGCGGAACGAAGUGUCGGAAAACUGGCACAAACCGACAGUCAAUGUCAACUAAAAGCACCAGGAAUCCGAUUUUUAAUGAAAAGGAACACUAUUUUAACCACGCAGGAGGUGAAGAUGGCAGCACCAGUUAUAGAAGAAGUAAGGCCAACAUCAAAAUGCAAUACAUCAAAAAUACUGGACAACCGACCAUUCAAGGAUCAAAGGACCCAGACACUCUAUAGGGAAUCCUCGGCACAGACCUUGGCAUACCUGCCAGAUGUUCUAGACAAGAAGCAAACCUUAGAACUGUUUUCUUUACCUUCAGUGCUCCCUGGGGAGGGGCCCCCGGGUCUAAGGGAGGUCGAGAUCCUGGAUCGUGCCAGGCAGCGCUGGAAGUUCAAAGAAGUCCUCAAGACCAAUUUGAAUAUCCUUCGGAAAGAUGCCAAGGAAAAUGCCAUUAAGUCCCAGUACAAGCCCCUUCUAGAAGCUUUCGAGUGGGAGCAGUGGAUCCAGCGCGAGGAGUACAUCCAGGAGUGCCAGAUGAUGCGCCUGGAGAUUGUGAUCAAGAUGUUCGACAAACGGGAGAAGCAAAUGCACUCCGCCUCCAAGUCGCGGAUUGAGAAAGCCUGCGAGGAGAUCGAGAAGCGCCGCCAGGCCGCCUUACAGAAAAACGAAAUCCAGUACAACAGGGGAAUGCGCCGCUUGGAGAUGACCCUUUCCAAAAUCCCCCGAAAGUGGGAGAAGCAAUCCCCCUUGGAGUCCCUUGGAUCCAUGUGCUCUGAGUUCUAUGCACCGCUCUUGCGACACGGAGUCGAUCCAGCCCGUCGAAGCUUCGUGUCGAAAACUAAACGGAAGGCUUUCGACAGGAGAAUCGACGAACUAGAUGCCCAGGUCAAAAUGAGCAAUCUGAUAUGUCCGUUCAGAAAACUCAAGGACUGGUCCAAGCCAAAGGAACCCAUCAGGGAGUACGAGCAAAACUUCUGCAAUGAGGAAAAUCUGCAGAAUCUCUUUGAGGACCUCAGGACACUUAGAACUCAAACAAACGAAAACAAAGAAGAACCAAAGUGCCUCAUAAAACGGCGGAAACCAUUUGUGCGCCAGGACGGCUCUGUCUUUGACUUCUCCUACUUUGGCGGACUCUACGACAAACCCGGACCCGGAAUGGAAUCGGUGAGAUCGGAUAGAAAUAGAAAGACCGUAUUCGAGUGGAGUUCUAAGGGAUACACGGUGAUGCCUGAGGGCAAAGUUGAAUCAAUGAAAAGGGACAGAUAUAAAAAUGAUUUGGAGGACAUACUGAACUCUUUCGAAGGCACCUACAUAGGCUGGGUGAUGCAGUUCCUGUCGGACGAAAUGUCCCGCCUCCUAGAACAGAGGAAGCUCCACUUUUUCUGUAUGAUGGCUCAGAAGGAGCGCUGGCGGCGUGAGGCAGCGGAAGGCGGACUGAGGCAGAAGGAGAACGACCUUAGGUUCCUGUACGAAGAACUGUUCCAAGAGAUCAACUCGGCCAAUAACGAAGUCGCUACAGAGUACAUCGAUACUAUUCUGGACACAGAUGUCAUUUACGAGACCGAAAACCAGUCUAUCAUUUCGGUGACUCAUAUGGCGAAACAAAUCGACGCCGACAUCGAGCGAUGGCUCGAGAGCUUCAAGUUAAUCCAGAAUCCGCUCACCUUCGUUCCUCUGCGAAUGAUGCUCAAGGACAUGGUAAGUCCCGAUUUGGAUGCAGCGCAACGCCGCCACGAAAGCUCCCUGAUCGUCCAGCACAUUUUGGAGGAUGUGAUCUUUCCGGGUGUUUGGGAGGAACUAGAUCCCUUCGAUAUUGGCACAACGCUGACGAGCGACUUGGUUGACCGCCUGAUCGACAACGAUCUGUACCUCUUCUCCUCGGACAGCGAGGACGGUAUUCCCCAUAAGCCAUCCUGGUACGAGGCCAGGGCCAUCAUCAGGAAGCUCAUACGACAGGCCGUUCCGGGACGCCGUUGGAAGGAGGAAAAUGAACGAUUUGCCUUCACCAUCUUCGACAGUUUCCUCGAUGACUUGUUCGCCGAAAUAGAAUACCGCUAUGAGAACCCCGCACCUGUGAGACCAAAUGACAUAACCCUACUGCGCGAAGCUCAAUCUCAUAACAAAAUUGAAUAUGGUGAUGAUAUUCGAAAGAAGGAUGCCAUUGAUCUAUCUGAAUUUAUAAAUAUGCCCUCCUUAUCGGAUACAGAAUUGAAGAAAGCACAGCUCUUAACACUGAUCAAGAAAAUGAAAUUGGAUAAAAUUACCAUGGCUUUAGGCAACUUGGACGCUUACGAGGAAUCGGACCCCGACUUGGAAGUGGACAUUUUUAUAAAAUCAGAAAAGAUCAGCCCCAUUAGGAAUUUACAACCAUGUUUGAGCGAGGUUUGCAGCAUAACAAGCACUAUGGAUCUCCCCGACGAAGAACACUUGGAAACUUUUAAGGGCCAUAGUAGAAGGAAUACCAGGGAAAUCGAUGUAGAUUCUACUGUGUUUGAAGUUGAAGGAAUCAUUGAAGAUUUCGCUGUCGACGACGUUGUAGAGGAGAAAAAAAUCGAUGUGUCCGAGCCGCUGCCUGAACCUACGGAGGAGUCGUCGGUAUAUCUUAGUAACACGUUUGUUCAAAAUUUCAUUGAUCACGACGCUCGGGAAACGAUUGAGAAGCGUCAAAUCAAGAAUCGGAAAAAAAAACCUACAACCAACCAGAUCCAGCCAACCCGAUCGGUCAUAAAGUUACCUGAAACUGGCACUGAAAGCGUGGAAGUGGAAAUAAAAACAGGAACUGAAAAUGUUGAUGUGGAAAUAAAAACAGGAACCGAAAAUGUAGAUGUGGAAAUAAAAACAGCAACUGAAAGUGUGGAUGUGGAAAUAAAAACGGGCACUGAAACAAGGGGGCCCUCGACUAAGUGGGAAGGACCUAGGAAGACAUUCUCGGUGAUAGAUCCUGUAGACGCCGACGGCCGCCAUUCGGUAGUCUCGCAUGUAUCUGGGGAAAGGCGCAGUCGCAGUCUGAGCAAGAGCAUGCACCAAAUGUCUUUCAUAGAUCUGGACAACGAAGAGCCUCAGUCUGGUCAAACGAAUUCCAUAUUCCAAAGCCUGAAUGCCCCGGUGACCGAGCAGAUCAGUGACGACGAGUUGGAGAUUCUACAACACGAAAGAAAGACACUGAUCGCAAAAAGUGGCUCAAAUCUGAACUCGGAACCAAAAAAUGUAAGCGAAUAG